AUGCCACUGAACAUUCCAGCUCUGCUGGUCCCAUUUCAGUUAUCAAUUUUCCCAAGAUUGGUUAUUCCAGCACUCGUAGUUCAUGAUAUUCGCCAGGUUGAUUUUCAAGCUCUGAGAAGAGCUGGCUACCGAGGCGCUAUUUUCGACAAAGACAACUGCUUGACUCUGCCACAUAAAGACACUCUUAUACCCGAACUCCAGGAAGCCUGGAAAUCAUGCAAAGAGACAUUCGGUGAAAGGAACGUUCUUAUAGUGAGCAAUUCUGCUGGAACGCACCUCGACGCAGGCGGCAUUCAGGCCGAAUCUGUGUCCCAUCAUCUAGGCGUACCAGUUCUUUCACAUAAAGCCAUGAAACCCGCCUAUUCAUGUAUCACUGCCAUCAGAGGAUACUUUAAAUCCCUCCCAGACCCAGUUGAGGAUAACGAACUCAUUGUCGUAGGUGACCGCGUGUUCACGGACUUGGUACUAGCGAACCGGAUGCGUAUGCAAUAUCAGAGACGCAGCUCCAAAACCCGACCUCUACCGGAUGCCAGUAAUGAAAACCAAGAAUCAUGCCCUGUGCCACAAGGCCCUCUAUCGAUCUGGACAAAGGGUGUUUGGGAGCGAGAGAGUAUGCUGAUGCGGAAAAUGGAGUAUGGGCUGAUAUCUCUCAUGGAAGGCUUGACAGUGCCACCGAAGGAGGAAUUUGUGAACGUCGGUGCGUUUGUGAAGCCUUUUCCAGUAAGGAAAGACGCGAAGCCGACGGGGCUGCUGGCGUUCUUGAAAUUCAUGUACAAGCGGGAAAUCUAG